CCUAGACCGGGUGCUGCCGGGUCGGGUGCCUCCCUAGGCAAGCCAAGGGACUGCAAGCGAAGGAGACAAGUGGGGCGGCUCCACCCCUCCUCUCUCUGGCUGGGAAGGCGGCCAGAACUGUUCCCACGACUGGGUCGGGUCUGGUCUCAACGGCCUGGUCUGGGGGAGUCUCUCUAUACGACAUCCACUGCCCCGGAAUUCUGCCAAGCCGGGGGCGGGUUGGGAGAACGAGCCUAGGGAGCCUCCGCCCUUCCCUGCUGCUCAGCGUCACGCGUGACGUCCCGGUGAUGGAUGGGAGGAAAGCAGAGAGCUGUGAGGAAGGCGGGUCUGAGAGCUGCUAGAGACUGAAAACCCCGGAAAGCGUGAGUGCUUGCUGCCUUGGAAAUCAUCAGAGAGUAGGGAAGAUGGGUGACUUGCCCUUGGAUAUCAACAUCCAGAGACCUCGAUGGGACCAAAGCACAUUCCUAGGCAGAGCCCGGCAUUUCUUCACAGUAACUGACCCUCGCAAUCUGCUGCUGUCUGAUGACCAGCUGGAAGCUUCCCGAAACAUUGUGCAGAAUUACAGGGCUGGUGUGGCAACCCCAGGGCUCACUGAGGACCAGCUCUGGAGAGCCAAGUAUGUGUAUGACUCUGCAUUCCACCCGGACACAGGGGAAAAGGUGGUCUUGAUUGGCCGCAUGUCAGCCCAGGUGCCCAUGAACAUGACCAUUACCGGAUGCAUGCUCACCUUCUACAGGAAGACGCCAACUGUGGUGUUCUGGCAGUGGGUGAACCAGUCCUUCAACGCUAUUGUGAAUUAUUCCAAUCGCAGUGGGGAUGCUCCCAUCACUGUGCGGCAGCUGGGAACAGCCUAUGUGAGUGCCACCACUGGGGCUGUGGCCACUGCUCUGGGACUCAAAUCUCUCACCAAGCACCUGCCCCCACUAGUUGGCCGAUUUGUACCCUUUGCAGCUGUGGCCGCUGCCAACUGCAUCAACAUCCCCCUGAUGAGGCAGAGGGAGCUGCAGGUGGGCAUCCCAGUGACUGACGAGGCAGGUCAGAGGCUUGGCCACUCGGUGACUGCUGCCAAACAGGGAAUCUUCCAGGUGGUGAUAUCGAGAAUCGGCAUGGCGAUUCCUGCCAUGGCCAUCCCCCCGGUGAUCAUGAACACUCUGGAGAAGAAAGACUUCCUGAAGCGACGCCCCUGGCUAGGAGCGCCCCUGCAGGUGGGACUGGUAGGCUUCUGCCUGGUAUUCGCCACACCCCUGUGCUGUGCCCUGUUCCCCCAGAGAAGCUCCAUACAUGUGACCAGGCUGGAGCCGGAGCUGAGAGCUCAAAUCCAAGCACAAAACCCCAGCAUCGAGGUGGCUUACUACAACAAGGGACUUUGAGGGGAGUCAGCCCCCACCCCUUUCCUUACUCCUCAGGCUGCUUCUUGGGGG